AUGGAACAUCAAAGCAACUUCACCUUCAACGACUUGGUUGUUGCCCGGUGUGGGAAGGGGCGUUUUAAAAUGACCCCGAAAGACAUUCCCCAUCUGAUGAUGCAGGAGGUUAAUGGAGGCGACUUCUUCAAGAAGCUCUUCAUGUUCUUGUUGGAAAAUGCGUUGAUAGAGACCCCGGCUGACGGCCAUUGCAAACCGAAGAUUCUUAAUUUCGUAGACGAUGUGGACGAUAUAAAGAACCUAAACUGGUGUGGUUACGUCCUGUCUGUGCUUGAGGCGACUUUCCCUACCUGGGCAAACCGUCAGAGUGUGAACUUUAGCGGUCCAAUCUAUUUUUUGGUGGGGGCAUAUGUCGAUCGUGUCAUUUAUUGCCGGAGAAGGGUGAUCCGUUCUUGGCCAACGAUCAAUGGUUGGACAACAGAGGCUUUGAAGCAACGGGCUGAAGUGGAACAUGGCCAAUACGAUCUGAUUUUUUUCCCGAUAUGGGGUGCUGCGUUGAAAUAUGUCAUAUGUUUUGAUUUGCCAGACGGGAAAAUGAAUAUCAUUGAACACAGUUUGGCAGAACCGCACGCUUCCUUUGAAGCCAAGUACGGCAAGACACCAUCUCUUUUGGUAAGUAAUAAGCUUACUACAAUGGGCUGCCUUAUUGUAGAAAUAAUUCCUAGUAUAAAAAAGAACUUAACAUUUCGUGUUGUGUUCCAGAAAAAGUUCUUUGCUAAUGCACUAACGAGGUGCAAAGUCCCUAAGAUGGCAUCCCAGGUCCGACAGUGCAGAACAAACUUGGUAGCCAUGCCUUGGAGGAACAAUAACGUCAUUGAUGAGGGAGGGAUCUAUGUGAUGCGGCACAUGGAAACCUACUUUGGAGAAAGGGAAAAGGACUGGGAAUGUGGCCUCAGUGCGAGUGGAACUAAAAGCGUGGAGAUGUUCCGCAUCAAGUAUGCAAGAACCCUCCUGACCUGUAUGUACAACACAAGAGGUGGUGAAAACCAAAAGAAGGCGACGCGUCUUUGGAAAGAGAAGCCAAAAAAAUUCAGCUUUGAGAAUUGGGUGGCCCUAUACGGUCUUGAUUGA